ACCAAACUCCUCUCAGUAACUCGCCGGCCAUACACUUUCUCCGAUUUUCAACGGCGGUCAGUAGUUUUUACGCUGACGGCGUAGUGACUGUGGCGUAUCUCCCCCUGUAUGCUUGCUCUGGAGCAGUGACGAAAGAUUGCAAGGAUGAGUUGACACAUCUCUCUCUAUCUCAUCCUGCUGAUUUAUCCUUCAAAUAAUCAUACUGUUUUUUUUUGUAUCAACAAGAAGGAAAUGGAAGAACAACUGAUAUUGGAUAUUGGAGAUGAUGGAAUAGAGAAGAUGGAGGAAAAUAAUGCCGCCACUGUGGAUGAUAUUGGGCGUCAAGUAGAUGAUCUAUUCACCAAGGUUGAGCAGCUUGAGCAAAGAGUAAAUGAGGUUGAGCAGUUCUACUUGAAUUUAAGCAAAAAACAAUCCAGUGCUUCUCAGAAAAGCUCGCUUGUGAAGGAUAAAGACAAGGUAAAGCAUAUUCCAGGAUUUAAGAAACAUCAACAGGAUGCAGCACGUAGAGAGGCAGCUGCUGCUAAGAGAAUGCAGGAGAUUAUGCGCCAAUUUGGCUCAGUUCUGCGGCAGAUCACACAGCACAAGUGGGCCUGGCCAUUUAUGCAACCUGUAGAUGUUGAAGGUCUUGGAUUGCGUGACUAUUACGAGGUGAUCGACAGGCCAAUGGACUUCAGUACAAUAAAAAAUCAAAUGGAGGCCAAGGAUGGUACUGAAUAUAAACAUGUUUCGGAUAUAUGUUCAGAUGUGAGGUUGAUUUUUCAGAAUGCCAUGAAAUAUAAUGACGAUAAAAGCGAUGUUCAUGCGAUGGCCAAAACUUUGUUGGAGAAGUUUGAAGAGAAAUGGCUUCAAUUCUUACCAAGGGUUAAUGAAGAGGAAAAAAGAAGAGGGGAGGAGGAAGCAGAAGCACAGUUGAACAUGCAGCGUGUGCAAGAGGCAGCUCAUGCUAAAAUGGCUAGGGAUCUAAGUAACGAGCUUUAUGAAGCCGAUAUGCACUUGGAAGGGUUAAGAGAAACAGUGGUUCAGAAAUGCAGGAAAAUGUCGAUUGAAGACAAAAGAAACCUUGGGAUAGCUCUCACACAGUUGUGUCCUGAAGAUCUUAGCAAGGCACUCGAUAUUGUAGCUCAGCAUAACCCAAGUUUUCAUGCAACAGCAGUAGAGGUCGACCUUGACAUUGAUGCUCAGAGUGAAUCUACUCUCUGGAGGUUAAGAUAUUUUGUGAAAGAUGCUCUACAAGGUCAUAGCAAGGAUGAUGAUGAAGGUAACGGGCACUUAAUCCCCACCAAACCGACAAACACAACCCGCACCAUCGCCUCCAAACGGAAAAAACAGAUAUGUAAUGCCCUUGCCAGGACUGCAAAGAAAAGGAACCAGAAAUGCUCUUCUUAGAAACGGUGAACACGCAUAACAAGGUUAGCCGUCGUUCUUUACGCAAUCCUAGGAAACAUGAGAACAUGGCUGGCUGACUAAAAUCGGUCAGUAGUUGGAGUUUCUUCAAUCCGGGCAUAUGAAGUUGGGUAGUAGUAAGGUUUUGUAACAAGAAGAGGUUCUUCUUGAAAGGUAAUCUUUGUAUGGAUUGUAGAAGAUGUUAAUGCCAUCUUUCUCA